AUGGGUGGUUUCGAUCAACAAAACAGAGUCGGCUCCAAAUUCGGUGGCGGUGGUGUCGCCGGCCAUUCCGCUACAAAUGCAGAUCGUCGCGAACGUCUUCGUCGCCUCGCCCUCGAAACAAUCGACCUCGAAAAGGACCCUUACUUCUUCAAAAACCACGUCGGAUCCUUCGAAUGUCGUCUAUGCCUUACUGUCCACCAGAACGAUGGCUCCUACCUCGCCCAUACCCAAGGUCGAAAGCAUCAAACGAACCUCUCCCGUCGUGCUGCUAAGGAGCAGCGCGAGGGUAAGAAUAUCGACCGUAUCACGAACCUACCGGCUGGUAUGAUCGGGCAGCAGAUUGCCGUCAAGAAGAAUUUGUUGAAAGUUGGACGACCGGGGUAUAAAAUCACCAAAUGUCGAGAUCCAGUGACGCGACAGCAGGGGUUGUUGUUCCAGUUGCAGUAUCCAGAGAUCGGGACGGAGAUUCAUCCACGGUAUCGAUUUAUGAGCGCGUUCGAACAGAAGGUUGAGCAGCCGCCAGAUAAGGAUUAUCAAUACCUAUUGGUCGCAGCCGAACCGUACGAGACUGUUGGGUUUAAGUUACAGGCGAGAGAGGUGGAUAGAACGCCCGGGAAGUUUUGGACGCAUUAUGAUAAGGAUACCAAGGAGUUUUUCCUACAGUUGUUCUUCAAGACGGAGAGAGAACAGAGAUAUGCCGGUGUGCCUGGUCUUGCUCCGUCGAUCCGUAAGUAA